GUUCUACCGGAAGUGGCGCCUUGGGAGCGGAACACGAGCCCUAUGCGCGUGUUGCACAUCUUUCAGCAUGGCUGCCAUUGGAGUUCAUUUCGGAUAUACUUGCGCUUGUGUUGCGAUUUUUAAGGAUGGGCGUGCAGAUGUGGUGGCUAAUGAUGCAGGAGACAGAGUGACUCCAGCUGUGGUGAGCUACAGAGAAACUGAGCAGAUUGUAGGUAUUGCAGCAAAGCAAGGACGGGCUCGCAAUGCUGCCAACACUGUUGUUAAAGUGAAACAAGUGCUGGGAAGAAGCUUUGAUGACCCAGAGACGCAAACUCACAAAACAGAGACCAAGUGUCAGGUGGUCAACAGACAAGAGAAGCCUCAUUAUGAGUUCACAGGAGGAGAUCGCCCGGAGUAUGUGGCUCCAGGGGAUGUUGCAAAACUCAUCCUUCAUAAAAUGAAAGAAACGGCUCAGUCAGCUCUGGGCUCUGAUGUCAAAGAGGCGGUCAUUACCGUCCCCUUUGAGUUUGGACAUGCUCAGAAGCGUGCUUUGAGGGAGGCUGCUGAAGCUGCAGGGUUUCAUGUUCUGAGGCUAAUCCACGAGCCUGCUGCUGCUCUGUUGGCAUAUAACAUUGGACAGGACUGUUCUGCUGGAAAGAGCCAUGUCCUGGUGUAUAAGCUGGGUGGGACGUCCCUGAGUGUGACAGUGCUGGAGGUCAACGGAGGAAUGUUCCGGGUUCUCGACACCCACACUGACCACAGCAUCGGAGGAGAGAGCAUCACCGCGGCUUUGGCCCAGCACCUGGCAGCCGAAUUUAAACGCACCUUUAAGCACGAUCUGACCGGCAAUACUCGGGCGAUGAUGAAGCUGAUGAACGGAGCUGACAUGGCCAAGCACUCCCUCUCCUCAUUAGCCACGGCCAACUGCUUUGUGGACUCCCUGCACGACGGCAUUGACUUUGAAUGCAACAUCUCGCGAGCUCGAUUUGAGCUGAUGUGCGCGUCACUCUUCAACAAGAGCAUCCAGCCAAUCAGAGCCCUGAUGGAGAAGGUGGGACUCUCCAACAGCGACAUUAACCAGGUGGUGCUCUGCGGCGGUUCAGCCAGGAUCCCUCGCCUCCAGCAGAUGAUCUGCGAAAUGUUUCCUGAUGUGGAGAUGCUCAACUCAGCGCCUCCUGAUGAGGUCAUCGCUCUGGGAGCGGCUCUGGAAGCAGGCUUACUAGUUGGCAAAGAAGGCCUCGCCCCAGAGGAAGAGACUGUCGCAGUGGAUGUUUCUGCCUCUGACAUACUAGUGAAGGAGGUGGAUGAAUCCGGAGCGGAGGUGUUCACUGUUCUGCUUCCAUCGGGCACUCCCCUCCCCGCCCGCAGACAUCACGUCCUGAGUGGAGGGGGGGAACUAUCCUCUGUCUGUCUGGAGAUUUACCAGAGAUGUCUCAAGGAGGAGCCAGAAAAACUAGCAAAGAUCGUCUUGAGGAACCUGCAGCCCAAAGAGGAUAACCACGACAUCGACACCGUGGUCACCAUGAAAAGGGACGGCUCCGUCCAUGUGUCCUGUGUAGAACAGAGCAGCGGGAGACCCGAGGUCGUCACCAUAGCAGCCGCAUCAUGAAGCUGCACACACUCAUCCAUGAUCGGGAACUAUGCGACACUUGAGGAUCUUCAAGUAGUUCUGGACCUUAUUGGAGUCUCGGCGAAAGCAGUAGAGCAGGACGUAGUCUUUCAUCAGCUGCCAUUCGACACUGUCUGAAGGCAAUAAAUCCUCGGGAGAAGCCAGGCUGCUGACAGAGUUACUGAUUAUCCCCUGCACCUGCAUCUGGAGAGGACACAUGCACACAUCAGCUUUUUAUCCUUCAUGUCACCCAUUUAAGUUAAAAUUCUAAAACAGUUCUCACAAAAUAAACACUACAACGUAAUUGACAAAGCACACUCGUAAAGAAUUUGAAUUAACUUGUGUAUUUAUCGGUUUGGUGAUUGGUUGGUUUCUUGGUUGAUUGAUUGCAAAAAACAAUGUUAAAUUGAGUUUAUAUUAUACCCAGGCUUGGAGGGUUACUUUAAAAAUGUGUUUCGUUACAAAUACUCGUUAAAAAUGGAGUCAGUUACAUAAUCUAUUCAUCACGUCUUUAAAGUAACGUAAUUCCUUUUUGAUGACUUCAAUAUUAAAUAUUCAAAUAAA